AUGGACGAUGAAAACCUUUAAGAUAGGGUAGUAGAGAUCAAUGAAUAGUGUAACAAGAUAAGAAGUUCCCUAAGUUCAAUUUAAUUAUACUUAAAUAUAUAAUUGAUCAUUGUCAUAAGUUAUAUAUCAUUACCUUGGUUGUAUGAAUAUUAAAAGGCAUCAAUUUUUUAUUUAAUUUGGAGAUUAUUGCAAUACUCAUUUCACUUAUUUAGUGUUAUCAAAAUAAAAAAGACUGUAGAAAAUAUUUCUGAAGACUCAGGUUAAUAUGUUGAAUAAUUUAAUGAAUAAGUGGAUGUUUGGGCUACAGUAAGAGGGAAUCAUGUAGCAUUAAAUAAAUGCAAUGAAUUUGUUUAUAUCAUAAUGUUUGGUUUAGGGAAUGUAGUUUUUCUGUAAAAUACUCUAUUGCUAAGUAAAUGGAUUUUAGUAAUCUAAUUGAUUUUUGGAUGGAUUGUAGUAGGUUUAACAGCUCUUGCCUUACUUGCUAUUUGUUUGAUAAUGCCUUUUUUAAUAUAUAGAAUUAAUAGAUAAAGAAGAGAAGAAGAAAUUAGAAGAAUAAUAGUAGCAGAUCGUCUAAUAGGAACUUAAAUUAAAUACUCUGAAUUAGAUAGUCCAAGCUUCUAACCUUGUUAUAUUUGUUUAUAAAAUUAUUCCAAUGAUGAUCUUAUUGUUAAAUUGAGCUGCAAUCCAAAUCAUGUGUUUCAUUCAGAUUGUAUUCGACCUUGGGCUCAAAUAAAUGAUACAUGUCCUGUUUGUAGAUAAAGAUUAUAAUAAUAAUAAUGA